AUGUUCUUCUUCGAUCUCCUCUCUCGGCUCGGUCUGGCUUCCUCGGAAGUCGCCCGCUUCUUCGCCAUGAGUGAGAGAAGCAUGAAAAUGGAGAAAAUGGAGGUCACCACCUCAAAGAAAGCCAUGGGGUGUGAAAGCUUGGGAUGGUACCAUCUCUCAUGCAUGAGGCCAUCACUGGCUAAUGCAAGCAUAGCAAAAGAAUAUAAAUGCCCUUUCUGCCUUUGUAUUGAGACUGAAGCUAUUUCUAAGAAUGGUAGGCAUCCUUUGAUAUCCAGGGAAACACGCCCUGAACUAAUGAUGUUCAACGAACUUCUGUGUGAUGCUAGGGAUUUUUAUGUAGGGAUUACAGAAAUAGAUAUAGUACAAGAUAUUGUGGAUCAAGCUUUGGCAUGCAAGUCCCACUUAACUGACAUAGUGAAUCGUGUACUUGCAUAUGUCAACAAAGAUCUUAGUUUCAUGUUUGAAAAUCUUUUUAUUAUUUUGAAAGGUGAAGUCGAUCAUAAGUUCUCUAAUGAAGCCAAAGGCCAGGAUGAAGGAUGUACCAGCUAG